ACGUGGGUCCGGCUGACGGCAGUUUCUUAUUUAUUCUAGCCGGAAUUUGAUGUUCUGUAUUUUGUACUAACGUGUUACUAUUUUCUCAGAAACUUUUAUUAUAUAAAAAAUUAUUUAUAUUUUAAUUAUUUUUGUAAUACUCAGCAAUUCUAAUAAUGAUAAUGAUCAUAAAAUUUAGAGAAGUAAUAAAAUAUAAUAAUGAUAACGUUAAAGUAAAGUAAUGAGGCCUUUACGUGGGUUCAGCGAUUUCUGUGAUUAAAAGUCGGACUAUAGAAUAGACAGUUUGCAUUUAAAUAUAAUAUUAUUAAACGAGCCAUUCUAUUUUCCUAACUUAAAUUUUACAUAUCUUUUAUGUAUAUUUUUUAUUUAUACAAAUGGUACAAUCGUUUGUAGGUUUGAUCAAUAUGAAAAAAAUUAUAUUAAAACAAAAAAAUGAUUAAGAAUUUUAUUCAAGUCAUAUUGUUUUACCAGUUUGAAGAAGACGGUUGUUAAAAUUCAAUACUUAUGAUAUUAGGUCGUUAGGAUUUUUUUAUAUUUUUUAUUAAUGUGGUUUUAUUAAGAACGAAUUUACCUAUCAUACAUUAGCAUUAUUUGAAUAAAUGAUGGAAAGUGAAGAAAAUAAAAAAACCCAAGAGAAGAAUAUUUUGCGAGCUUUGGAUAAACUUGGAGAGGGUUCUCAACUUCUUUGGAUUGUUUUGGCUGUUUGUGUCUCAGUAUCGUUGAUAAAUGGAUUACAUACGAUGUCUUAUAUCUUCAUUGCUGAGGUACCCAAUUAUUGGUGCUCCAUUCCGGAGCUUACAAAUGCGAAUUGGACAGAUGAACAAAUUAAAAAUAUUUCUAUAAUCGACGAAUGCCAAAAGUAUGAUUAUAAUUAUACAUAUCUCGCAAGUUUGAGACAUGAAGAAGCGAUAGAAUAUGUAGAAGAUAUUGAAUUUAAUACCAGUGUUGUUUCUUGUUCAUCGUUUGUAUUUGAUAAAAGUGGAAGGUCGACGAUUGUCAAUCAAUGGCAAUUAGUCUGCGAUAGAAAAGUGCAUCGAGCAAAUACAUUUCUUGCGUAUGCACUUGGAAAAUUAUUAGGUGAUUUAAUUUUGGGAAUAUACUCAGAUAAAUAUGGAAGAAAACAAGCAUUGAUGGUCGGCUUAGUAUUACAAAUUGUUUUUGUAUUUUUAUCUGGAUUAGUCCCAUGGUUUUGGGCUUAUGUUGUUUCCAAAUUCUUUAUAGGAGCAAGCGUUAGUUCUAUGUAUUCAUCAGCAUACACAAUUUUGUCGGAAGUUGCAAAAAAUCAUAAAAAAAAUUUAGUUGGCACAAUUAUGGAUACAAUGUUCCCAAUUGGCACUUUAGUUCUUAUAGGGAUAGCGUAUUUUGUAUUGGAUUGGCGAUAUUUGCAAUUAGCACUGUCAUUUUUUUCUUUUUCAGCAGUAAUUAUCAUUUGGUUUGUACCAGAGUCGCCGAGAUGGUUGAUAUCACAAAAUCGUCAUGACGAAGCAAAAAAAAUAAUCGAAAAAUAUUAUAAAGCUAUUAAUAAACCGACUCUUAUUACAGAAAGUCCAACUCUAUCAUUACGAUCAGAAAGUUCUGAUGUGAAAACUAAGAAAACAAAAGGAUUCAAACGAUAUUUUGGGAAAUCGAAAAUUCUUUUCUCAGAUCCAGUUUUGCGAAAAAAACUUCUUAUCAUGUAUUUUGCAUUCUUCGUCACUCUGUCGGUCGGGUACUGUCUAAUUUUCAAUAUAGAUCUUUUUGAAACUAAUCGUUAUAUUUACUCAUCGAUAGCAGCAUCUAUUGAACUAAUUGCACUCAUGUCAAUUCCAGUAGUUUUGUUAAAAUUAAGUUGCAAAAAAGCAAGUUGUAUAAUUUAUAUACUUGCGUCUAUUUGUAUGCUGUCUAUCAUAGCUGUUCCAAAAGAAAACAUAAAUGUAAUCAUGGGAAUGACAAUGGUAGCAAAAUUUUGCUUAAUAACAAGUUUUACUGUAAACAUGUUACUCGCUUCUGAAUUAUUUCCAAUAGCCGUUAGAAAUACAGCUCUGGGAUCGAUCUUAGUUAUGGCACAACUUGGAUCUAUGACAGCACCAUACAUUAUUGACUUUCUUAGUCAAGUUGCUUGGUGGGCCCCUACUACCCUUUGCGGUAUUUCAUCACUCAUUGCUGGGCUUCUCUGUUUAAUUAUCCCUUUAUAAAUAAUCAAAUUUUUUUCGGAAUUAAUUUGACUACAAACCCAACGAGUUUGGAUGAGUUUAAUGCUAAGUAGUCUAUUUAAAAAUUAUCACUUAAUUUUUAAAACUCUAUGAAAAUUUCGAAUCAGAAAUUUAUUCAUAAAAAAAAAUAUACAUUUUCCCGAAGUAAUAGAUGAUUUUAUCAUUUAAUUAAAACCAUUAAUCUCUUCCAUCUACUUAUAAUGACGUUCUUAAAAUCUCAUGAUAAAUUUACGUUAAUAUUAUUUUCAUUAUGUUGAAGCGGAUAUAGCCGGCAUUUAUCAUCAAAUCAAGCCGUAGCUUUCAAGUAUCGGUAAUUUCUAGAGGUAACACUUUUGAAAUUAUUCUCUUAAUUUGAAUCAGUGGUUUACUAGUAAAACUCACUGAUUCGAUCAGUGAUCUUGGCGGCCAUUUAAUUCCAUUGGUUACCCAGUGAACUUCACUGGUAAAUCAGUGAAUUUUAAUGGCGGACAUAAAAGUCACUGAUUCAUCAGUGACUUGAUAUAACUUUCAUCAUAACCCAACUUUUACACAUAGGGCAUUAUUAACUUCCCGCUAAGAAAAUUGAAAAUUUUAAAAAAAGGGAAGUUAUUGGUUUCGGUCCGAUUUUUGAAAAUCGAGUUUUCAUCAGAUGUCGACGUUUUGAGGUCCUAGGAAACUAUUCUGACUAUUCCCGAAUGGACGUCCGUGUGU